ACAAAUUUACCGCAGUAAAAAUAUGGAACUAAUAAUUCAGUAAGUUGCAGAUGACCCAGCUCGACAGAGUGAAGAGGGUUCCUAAAAUGUGCACCACCAGCUCCCGGUACGAGGAGUACAACAAAAUACAACUCUGUAGAUACCACGCUAAUAAGACUAGAGCUACCAUCUGUACUCCGAGCAAGCCAAGACAAUUGGGGGCAGUUACGGAGCUGUUAGUACUCCACAACGCAGCUGACAGACAGUGCAGUCAAGAGGUGCACUACUACCUAAGAGAAAUGUUCGAACAGGCAAAGAAAUUGAAAGAGUUCCAAUCCUGCCGACUCCAGAACUAUAAACCUAUUAUCUCAGCUAAAACAACUCGGAGCAAGCAGCAGAGUCCAGCCACCUCACAGAGAGUAACGUUCAGCGCUCUGGGUGUUCCCACACAACGGAGUAGGGUGAGAAAACACCACACUGUCACCCACUCUCUGUUGUCAGACGAUCACGGGGUCUGUAGAGAUGGCCAGGAUCAGAGAGUCUUCAUCAAACUGUCCCGACCAACUCUUGAGCAAACACAGCCCGAUAGAACUGUGAGAAAACAGACAUUUAGACCCUUUUGUUUGAUAAGAGGGCCACAGGAGCUGAAUAGAUUGAAACCCAAACCUGUUUCAGCUCCGCCAUCUUCGCCCCAACUGGCAGAAGACACUCCCCUUAGACUGGUCUGAGGAACUGGUCAUGUCUUUAUCAGACUGGUCUGAGGUACCACUUAUCUCUUUUCCUGACCCUUCUGUGGAACUAGUUUUAUUUUUUCCUGAUAAGUCUGAGAAACCAUUCUCUUCAUGCAAUAUUUAUGAAUAAUGUAUUGAAUUCUUGUUAAAGCUAUUGACCACAAAGCAGUUUGUUUUAAAACACGCUGGUAACAGUUUUAGCUUAACUGUAGUGGGCAAACAGAGUUUACUGUUUAAUGAUAUUUUUGACGUUUCAAGUGGCUUACCACCC